CCAACAAAACAUGAAUAUGAAAUUAAGGACCUUGAAAUUGUGUAAUUAAUAAUGAGUACUUGAUAAGCACCAAAUAAACGACAUAGAUAAGGUCUGUGUGAACAGAUUAUGAUAUUUCAUUUCCCUCAUAAAUAUUUCACUCUCUUAACAAUAACCUCCUGACAAAGAAAUGGCUGAAGAUUCUUCUCCCAAGGUUUUAUCAAUCCAAAGUCAUGUUGUUCAUGGAUAUGUUGGAAACAGAAGUGCUGUAUUCCCAUUGCAGCUAUUGGGUUUCGAAGUGGAUUUCAUCAAUUCUGUUCAGUUGUGUACACACACCCAGUAUAAAAAGGUAACUGGACAAAUACUGAAAGAGCAAGACUUAUCAGACUUGUUUCAAGGGCUAAAAGAGAACGGUCUUGAUAAAUAUGAUUACUUAUUAACUGGCUAUGUUGGAUCCCCUUCAUUCCUUAAAGAAAUUGUGGCAGUUUAUAAGCAUUUAAAAUCUGUUAAUCCUAAUAUUGUUUUUGUUUGUGAUCCUGUGAUGGGAGAUAAUGGAGAAUUCUAUGUACCAGAAGAAUUGGUUCCUUUGUACAGGGAACAAGUUGUACCUCACGCCCAUAUACUCACUCCAAAUCAAUUUGAAUUGGAAUCGUUGACCAAUAUGACAAUAAACAAUGUUGAGGAUUGUUGGGAAGCCAUUGAGAAACUGCAUUUGAAAGGUUGUAAAACUGUGGUGGUCUCCUCUUCAGAUCUGGGAGGAAACGGGCACCUACUUGCCUUAGCCAGUACCAAAAUGGGUGAAUCAUGUCAAAGGGUAACCAUCACAUUAGAGAAAAAACAGGCGAUAUUUGUCGGUACUGGAGAUAUUUUUGCAGCUUUGAUGUUGGCUUGGAUGCAUAAAAGUAACAAUAAUUUGAAAGAGUCGUUGGAGAAAACAAUUGCCAGCUUACAGGCUACUUUAGAAAGGACAUUGCGAUCUGCUGAAGGCAAACCUCAUACUCCAGAAAAUUUGGAGCUCAAACUUAUACAAAGUAAGAGGGAUAUAGAAGAACCUAAGGUUACACUUUUUGCAAACUGUACCAGAAAGUCUUCUUAAUGAAUAAAUUUAUGUAAGUGGUAAAAUGAAAAAAGGUCUUCCAGAUUAUGGUCCAAUUUUCGCUUUUUCUGUAUGCUUUUAUUUUAUAUUUGUGAUUGGUAUAUAUUUUAUGAAAUAAGAUGUUAUUGUAGAUGUAAUAAAUGUAUUUUUCGUGUUGAA